GUGAGGGUUCAUUCCCCCUGCUCCCACAGUGCUGUGGCAAUGGCUCUGGUUUGGGGGCUUGAUCUUCAGAAAAACCCCAAGUUCAUCAUCGGUGUCUCAGCAAGUCACGUGGACUGAUGGUAUUCCCCAGUUUUCCUGCUGCUCAGUGUCCGUGUUCUUUCUUUUUCCCUCUGAGUUUUGGUUCUCCCCCUUCCCCAUGCAGCGCUGGAUUCUUCCCCCUCCUGUCACCAACACCUUUAUCAAGGCUCAGUUUGGAUUUUCAGUCCGGUUCAUGGAGAAAUGCGAGUUCAGACUGAGCAGGCCUGAAGUGUAGGGAGGAGGUCAAGUGAAUGCUUAAACCCUUCAAGUCCCGGUUUGGUUACAUGCUUAAGUGCUUUGCAGCCUCUAGCUCAGUAGAUAUUUGGGAGCUUGGCCUGGAGUGGAUCCAGUGUGUCUCCCCCUGGGAGGGACACUGGGAUGCCACUGAACGUGCAAAGCAUGGCUCUGCUGCUGUGGGACCUGCCACGGCUUCGGCAAUUCCCUGGAGGAGGGACAAGCCAGGCAGGACUGAGAGCACACAAGCACGUGUGUCUGAGCUAGCUGCCAGUCACCCUUGUUCUGCUCCAGGGCCCUGGCACUCACUGCCAGCCGCGGGUGCUGCUCCUCUAGGGCUGAACGCUCUUUUUUGGGUGUUUCAGCCAGUGCUGAGCCUUCCUCACCUUCCCACUGCCAGCAGAGUGGGGAAGGCUGCUCUGAGGGGAAGCAUGUGGGUGUUCCUGUGCUGAUGGGAGCAUUUGUGUGUGCGCCAGUCCCACCAGUGACACCAAGAGCUUCUGGUGGUGCCGAUGAGGUGCUUGAUGGGAUCCCCUCAUGUGGUGCUGGGGCUGUUGCACAGCCUGACCUGUCCUCAGCACCGCUGUCACCGUGCCACUGUCGCUUGUGCCACCACAGCCGAGCCCUGGCUGAGGUUUGCAGGGCCCUAAUCCCAUUUCCCUUGUGUCUCUUUCAUCUCCAGUCGGACCAGGAGAGUGGUAAUAGACCUUCUUACUAAAUUAAAUGUGCACGCUGCUCCUCAAGGCACAGUGUGGUUCAGCCGUGGUUGAUUUCCCAGCCACAGCAGUAUGGUGCCUCCAGGGAAAAAGCCAGCUGGGGAAACUUCCAAUUCCAAUAAAAAGUGUAAACGCUAUUUCAAUGAGCACUGGAAGGAAGAAUUUACCUGGCUGGAGUUUGACUAUGAGAGGAAACUCAUGUUUUGCAUAGAGUGUCGGCAGGCACUGGUGAAGAACAAGCACGGUAAAGCGGAAAACGCCUUUACCGUGGGCACGGACAACUUCCAGCGCCACGCGCUGCUGCGGCACGUCACCUCCGGCGCGCACCGCCAGGCGCUGGCGGUGAACCGGGAGCAGCUGGCCUUCGAGACCCGCGUCCACGGCCACCCCGAGCUGCGCUCGGUCAUCAAGGUGGAGGUGAACCCGGCGAAGGUGGCCGUCCUCACCACCGUCUACUGGAUGGCCAAGGAAGAGAUCCCGGAUGAGAAGUGCUCCUCCCUGCUCAACUUCCAGAAGUUCAACCUGUGCCAGGCGCUGCUGGCCUCGGAGCACAGCGAGCACUACCACCCUGGCAGCGUCAGGGAGAUGCAGGCAGCCAUUGCCAAAGUCCUCCACAACGAGGACAGGCACAGGAUCAAAGCCUCGCCGUUCAUUGGGCUGGUGGUGGACGAGACGGUGGACGUCCUGGAGCACCGCAGCCUCGCCAUGUUCACCACCACUGUCUCCCCCUGCAACGGGCAGACCUCCACCACCUUCCUGGGCAGCUUCGAGCUGCCUGCCGGGGAGGCCUCCACUGUGGCAGGCAAGGUGGGUGAGGUGAUGCGCUCCUUCGGCAUCCCCACCAUGAAGCUCACCUGGCUCAGCGCUGGCAGUGCCUCACUGGUGGCCGAGUGGCUGAGCGGGGUGGGGACGGCGCUGACCUCGCUCUGCCCGCUCCUCACUGAGGUGCACUGCCUGUCCCAUGGCACCUCCCUGCUGCUGGCCGAGAGCAUCAGCACCAUUGAAUACCUCCAGAAGUAUGAGACCACCGUGGAUGCCGUGUAUAGGCUCUACUCCAGCUUCCAGGGAGAAGGCGAUAGCCUGCAGGAGCUGCGGAGAGUCCUGGACCUCUGUGAGAUAGACCUCGGGAGCCCCAAAGCCAUCCACUGGACUUCUAUCUUCCCAGCUGUAGAAGCCAUCGACUCCUCGUGGCCCACACUGGUGCUGCUGCUGGAGAGGGAGGCGGAGCGCUCACCCGUGGCCCGUGGCCUCUGCGAAGAGCUCAAGAAAUUCCAGUUUGUGGCCUUCACCAAGAUCCUCCUGGAUGUUCUCCCCAUCUUCCAGAAGCUCAGUCGCUUCUUCCAGAUCGAGGACUUUGACCUCUCCAUCUUGAAGCCCAUAGUCUCAGCCACAGCCACCACUCUGCAGGCCCAGCAGAGCACCAGUGGCCAGAACCUCCGGGAGUUCCUCAGCGAGAUGAACAAGCACCCGCAGGACGGCCGGGAGGGCGAGAGCCGCCUCUACUACAAGGGUGUUGAGCUGGCCAACUGCUCCCAGGUGCACCUGAAACACUUUGAGCACCUGAAGGACAGCUACCUGGAGAGGGUGCGGGGCAACCUGCUGGACAGGUUCCCCAGCAGCGUCCUGGAGGCCAUCAGCUCCUUCUCUGCCAUCUUCAACCCCAAGUGCUACCCCCAGUCUCUGGAGGACAUUGGCAGCUAUGGGGUCAGCGAGCUGAAUUUCCUGCUGCAGGUGUACUCACGCGUGGUGGUGAGCGAGAGGGCCCUGAGCGACUUUCCCCUCUUCAAGCGCAUCGUCUUCAGCCUCAGCCAGCUCUCCUUCAAGGACCUCUGUGUCAAGCUGGUCUACAGCAGCUCUGAGAUGCAUGAACUCUUCCCAGACUUCGCUGUCCUGGCAGCUAUUGCCCUGGCCUUGCCGCUGGGCUCGGCCCUUGCCGAGAAGAUCAGCCGGGGCCGCGAGCUGCUGAAGCGCGGCCGGUUGCGCCUUGCGAAGGACGAGGGGCUCUCUGACCUCAUGAAGAUCGCCAUCGACGGGCCAGCCAUCAGCGAGUUUAACUUUGCGUUGGCCAUCGAGUACUAUGAGAGCAUGAGGGAGUCUGGCUUCAUCGUGGCACAGGUGAAGUGAGCGUGGCUGGUGAGGGCCGAGCCCUUGGGCAGGAGCCGGGGCCUGCGGGCAGCCCCCAGGGCCAGCUCAACGCAGCCCUUCCACAUCACUGGUCACUGCUGGGGCCGGGCAGCCGCAGUGGAGGGUGACCUGCUCUGUGCUGGGAAGAGAAAACAGGAUCCUUUGCAAAGCUAUGCUGGUCCCAUGACCACCCCUCCCUCAUGCCCCAAACCUCUGUUUGAAUCGCUCAGAGUUCAGAAUCCUGGGGCCACCUGAGAUCCCAAAUUGCAAUGAGUUUUUUCUAAGGGUUUGUCAUUAUUUUGUUUUAGGGAGAUGAAGGCAAAGCUCUUGAGCUCAAAUGUCACAUUGCCUUUGCACAAAGAUACCCAGCAGCUUUUGCUUAAUGCUCUGCAAAAAUAUGGGAUUUCUGUUAUUCUGGAGCCUGGAGAGUGAAUGCAGAAAAGGCAGUGCAUCCUCCGAGCUCUGCGCCGACCCCAACAUGCCUGGCGGUGUCGUGUUGGUGUUCCUUGCACACAGCACAGCGUAUUUUUAGUAGUGGCAUCAAGUCACGAUCAUUUCAAGAGCAAGAGAUUUAGGGAAUGAUAUUGUAAUGGCUGAGGAAAUAGUAACUUUAAAUGCAUCAUUGUGUACAUAUGUGUAUGUGUGUAUAUAUAUAUAAAUAUACAUAUAUAAAUAUCUAUAUUUAAAAGGUCUAUCUUAAUUUUCCUAAAG